AUGGGAAAUUCCGACAUUCGACUUAUUCUUCCUCCCAAGAAGGAACUCAACGCGUGGUGGGACAAGCUAGACCGAGCUGGUCGUGAGUUCGUGGAAUUAACAAUUGGCCGACUCCUCCCUCUGUUGCGUAUCAACAUUCAUGGCGGCCUCAUUCAAGCACUUGCCCAUUGUUGGUGUCCAGAGACGACUACUUUCAUCUUCGGUAAGCAUGAGCUCACUCCGACCUUGGAAGAAUAUAGCAUUGCCAUUGGAAAACCUUUGGAAUUAGAAUUAAUUAGUCCACCUAUUGGAAUAAAUCCUGUCUCGAUUUUAUCUGAUUUUCUGAGAAUCAAGGAAGAAAAGAUAAGAAAAAUUUUAAAAGGUCACCGCAAUACUUGCCCAUUUUCAUUUCUUGAUGAAUGUUUUCAAAAUGGCACUUCAUUUCAAAUGAGAAGGAUUUUCCUACUAGCUUUCUUUGGGUUUAUACUUUUCCCUCACUGCAAGAAUGCUAUUAAUCCUUUGAUUGCUAAGUUAGUGGGACAAGUGUGUGGGGGAAUGAACUUUGUUAAUGCCCUCCUGGCAGAAACUUUUCUUUCCCUUUCUCGAUUUAAAGAAAAUGGAGACAAAAUCUUUCGUGCUUCUCCUGAACUUUUGCAAAUUUGGUUCUUAUCCCACUUAAAAGGGUUUGGUGGUCUAAUGAUUAUACGUGAAGUUAGCAACUCUGAUCACCCUAUCAUGAGAUUUGAGAAUAAACAAAAACAUGCACCGGAUUAUCAUUAUUCCAAUUGGCUGGCUUUCUUUAAAAAUCCAAAGUCCAAAUGUUUCCUAUGGCAUGCUAAAUGGUUCCAAGUUCGUGAGGCCAGACUCACAUGUGGACGUGUUGGCCCAAUCCCUUUACUGGGAUUCACUGGGGCAAUGGAAUAUUACCCAACUAGGGUGACUCGCCAGUAUCAAGUGGUGCAAGAGCUUCCCCCAGCUUUGAAGCAAGCUGAUUCAAUUCGAGUCGACUUCACCGACGGAGACCUCGACCAUGAGGAUAACAUUUCUUUAAUCAAGUCGCUGUGGGAUAUGUGCCAUCCACAAAUGCUCAUAUGGCCCGAAAAAGAAUUAGAGGGUAAAGAAAGAAAGUACUAUGCUACGGCUGAAUACAUUCGACGACACAAGAUUCCAGAUAAUUUACUCCCGAAGAUACCAAUGGUGCCUGAGAAGAUCACCAACCGUGCUGAGAAAAGAUGUCUCAAGAGAAAAGCUGAGAAGUUACAAGAGCAAGUUACACACUUGGCCAAGGAGAAUAAGCGAUUACGUUUGGAAAUCACAUCCCAGUUGUAUAUUGAUCAAGCCAAAUGAAAUGG